AUUUUAGAAAGUCGGCCAAUUGAGCUGGUCCACGAUUCAAUUGACUUACGAGUAGUAGAUGAUUGACCUCCUCUUUCCUCUCCCAUUUGGACGACGCUUACAAGUAUUCUAUGUUUUUUCUUCUGUCUUCCCCCUGAAAUCCGGCAAUGGACACUUCCUUAGAUUCCAUAGCUCCUUAUUAGUCUUUAGUAGCAAGAGAACAAGAAGAAAGAUCUGCAGUUAAAUCACUGAAAAUGUCCUUCUUCUUUGGUCUGAUCAUUGGGAUUUCCGUGGGUAUUGGUCUCAUUGCAGCAUUUGUUCAUUAUGAGAAAUCCCGAUCCAAGCAUCGCUCUCAUUUGGCUGCGAUUGUGGCGUCUUUUGCAAGAUUGACAGUAAAUGAUGCAAAGAAGAUUCUUCCCGACGACUUUUAUCCUUCAUGGGUUGUCUUCUCACACAGGCAGAAGUUAAAUUGGCUUAACCUUCACCUUACAAAGAUUUGGCCGUAUGUUAAUGAGGCAGCGUCGGAGCUCAUAAGAAAUAAUGUUGAGCCGGUUCUCGAACAAUAUAGACCUGUCAUCUUGUCCUCUCUAAAAUUUUCCAGGUUUACUCUUGGUACUGUUGCUCCUCAGCUUACAGGAGUUUCUAUCAUUGAAGAUGGAACAGAAAGCAUCACUAUGGAUUUGGAGUUGCAGUGGGAUGGAAACCCGAGCAUCAUACUUGAUAUUAAGACUAAACUUGGUAUUGCUCUGCCUGUGCAGGUCAAAGAUAUUGGUUUCACUGGGAUUUUUAGGUUGAUGUUUAAGCCUCUAGUUGAGGAAUUUCCCUGUUUUGGAGCUGUUUCUUAUUCUUUAAGAGAAAAGCAAAAGCUGGAUUUUACACUUAAAGUUGUUGGAGGUGAUAUAUCAUCAAUUCCUGGAGUUUCUGAUGCAAUUGAGGAAACAAUUCGCGACGCCAUCGAAGAUUCUUUAACAUGGCCAGUUAGAAAAGUUGUUCCAAUUAUACCCGGGGAUUACAGUGAGCUUGAGUUGCAACCAGUUGGAACUUUAGGAGUGAAACUUAUACAAGCCAAGGAACUCACAAAUAAGGAUGUCAUUGGAAAAUCUGAUCCAUUUGCUGUGUUAUACAUACGUCCAUUACGUAACAGAAUGAAAACAAGCAAAACAAUUAAAAACCAGUUGAAUCCUGUAUGGAAUGAACAUUAUGAGUUUAUAGUUGAAGAUGAAACUACUCAGAACUUAGUAUUAAAGGUUUUUGAUGAUGACGGAAUUCGGGCAGCUGAGCUUAUAGGAUGCGUUUGCUUGAAGCUGAAGGACCUUGAGCCAGGUAAAGUGAAGGAUAUAUGGUUGAACUUGGUGAAGGAUUUGGAUGUCCAGAGAGAUAAGAAGAAUCGGGGUCAGGUGCACCUAGAGCUUCUGUACUGUCCGUUUGGCACAGGAAAAGAGUCUGUUAACCCUUUUGCCUCCAAGUAUUCCAUGACUUCCUUGGAGAGGGCUCUCAGUAGUAGAGUAGAUGGGAUGAUAGAUCUUGAUCCUGGGAAAACUGGAAUAAAGAGAAGGGAAGUUAUUCUUAGAGGAGUGUUAUCUGUGACAGUGAUAUCUGCUGUUGAUUUGCCGAUUGCUGAUUUAAUGGGAUUGGCUGACCCCUACGUCGUGCUACAAAUGAAAAAAUGUCAAACGAGAAGCAAAACACGGGUUAUAAAUAAUUGCCUAAAUCCAGUUUGGAAUCAGACUUUCGACUUUGUUGUGGAGGAUGGUUUGCAUGAUAUGUUACAGAUGGACAUUUAUGAUCAUGAUUUAUUUGGGAAGGAUUAUAUGGGGAGAUGCAUCUUGACUCUCACCAGAGUCAUAUUAGAAGGGCAGUACAAGGAUUCUUUUCAUGUAGAAGGAACAAAAUGUGGAAAGCUGAAUUUGCAUCUUAAGUGGACUGCACAACCUGUAUAUCGAAAUGCAUGAUUCCAAAGCGCCUUUGUGUCUCUAUACCAAUAUCAAAAGCAGGCGCGGCUCUGAAGCCUAGUAACCUUGGUUUCAGC